CUCAGAGUGUGAAAGAGAGCUGAUGACAUACCACCAAAAUGGCGUUUUGACAAAAAUGCCACUGGAAAAUCGUACACAAAUGAUAAUGUAAAUAAACACCUGAAAACUAGUUUCACAAAUUGAGUAGUUUUUGCAAUCCAAAAAGAAGUUAUAAUUGUUUUUGUGGUAUACACUCGUUAUUCGUCUGUUGCAGUGCAAUGUGAGUAGAAGUCAAUUUCGAUUUUAAGAUAGUGUGAUAUGCAUUCCAUAGAAAGCGAAUAGGAUUCAUUGAGUUUACAAAAUUUAAAUGCCAAAACAAAUAACAAACCAGAGGAUGGUAACAUAUGUCCACCAAUCGAAAUAAAUCAACUGGUUUGACAUUUCUGUGGAUUCCCGGUAAGAAGAAACAUCAACACAAAGGUCGUUACGAUACGACAAACAAAGGAAACAUGCAUCCGUCACACCAACAAAAGAAAAUGGAACCAUGGUCUCUGGGUGGUUCGAAAGCUCAUGCUGAUAUGAUAAAAACUGAUGACAUUCUUGGUGAAUCCAGUGGUCUGACGUCUAUGGUUCCGUCGUCAAUUGGUGCAGCAGGAGCGUCAGCCACUCUAGCACAUUCGUCACACCCGAACGGCGAUGCACCUAGCGAAUCUGUAGAUUUAGAACUUGAGCACGAUUUGCACAAUGCAUCGACAUUACUGGCAAGUGAAAAACGGAACGGCGUUCGAAAGAAGACUAAUUUGGUGGAUUUGAAUCUUUACCAUGCUAAAUCAUAUUCAUGCGAUGAUUUGCCUAACAUACCAUGGGACAAUGUACAGCACUGCUCCAGAAAUGUAUCAAUAAAUUUGUCUCAAUUACAGAAUUUGGAUUCCAUCGAACGUUUCGACGAUCACAAUAGUGAUGAUGUCGAUGCAACGAAAUUGUCGUAUUUAGAUUUGCCAAAAGUGCCAUUCCAUGGUGGCGAUGGUGUUAGUGGUACCGAUCAGGUACGUCACAGUGAUAAGGGAACGAAAAAGAAUGACGAAGAUGAUUGCACAGUUAAAUGUCUUUAUUAUACACUCAUGUGCUGCGAAUGUACGAUUUCGUAGACACAAAUAUAUUAUUGAAGUCGUGGUAGAAGUCGUCCAAACACGAAAUUAUAUUAAAGGAAAGGAAAACGAAAAUGUGGAAAUUUGCACAUUUUGUUAAGUACAAAAAGAUUCGAUCAAAAAAUUACAAUUGAAACUCAAAGUAAAGAAUCUUAUCACAUUGCUGAUUGGCUCAUUAAAUUUAUCAGAAAAUUUUACUGUAAAUAAAUAACAGAUAAUCCUCCUGUUUAUCAAGCACCCUGGGCUCUACCUGCAACAAAGGAUAUAUUUUUUUUAAAUUGAUGUAAAAUCCGAUUGACAUUCUCCUAUGUAUUCUGGCGUUCAACCUCUAAUAAAGGUCACCUCUUUGACACGACAUCUUCAAAUCAUACAGGAAUCACGUACAGUAAGAGUGAGGCAAUACAUCCAGACUUUCGUUUGCGUUUACUAUAUUCGCUCACGCUUGAUAACCUUAUGCCUCCGAUGUACAAACAUUCCAUUGGUGUUUUGCAUGUCAGAUAACCGACGGUUAGCCAAAAAAAAAAAUCGGAAUUUUCGUUUAGUGAAAGUGUUCGACUUGUUAAAAUAGAGUUUCCGUUGAGUUACUGUUGCAUGUACCAAUUACGGAAUACAUGAUGUCACAAAGAUAAAUCUUUUAAUUUAGCACAAUAUACUGUCUCACCGAGGCAUAUUUUACAGAAGUUGUUCUUUGCAUCACUUAUUCUCAAUGAAAACAACUCUCAAACUAUUUACACUAUCCUAAUCAGACAGUGAGUACCUCCUACUUAAACUAAGGAAGUAACAGAUUUAAUCGUAUUGUGUCGAUACGCUUGCCGUUUGUUAAAGAUUAAAGGAAUACAUCACGAAACAGUAUUUUGGUGGAGGAGAAGAAACGGAACACUAUACUGUUUAGCCCACGUAAAAAAUCCUACUUUUGUAGCUAGCCUGUUACUGCUGUUUCUCUGAUUUCUCUCUUUCCGAAGGCUAUUUCAAAUGGCAAAUGCGAGAAAUCAGAGAAACCAAGAAGAACAGCUUAGAUAUGAAAGUGGGACUUUUUACGUGUGCAAAACAGUAUUAAAGUUUUACAAAAAAAACCUGCUGGUUAUAGCAUAGCAUUAAGCAUUUAUCAUUUCGUUUAGAUUGUAAGUUUAUCUCUAAUUUGCCAACAUUCCAUGGGAAUAAUUUUUAAUUUGAUUUAUCAACCACCUCGUUGUUUGAUAUUAUAUUCAAUGCGCGAUCGAAUCAAUCGAUAAAUUGAUUAUUGAUAUAGCAGCUGAACUUAAGAUCUGAAACAGAAUUCCAUUUUAUUUUAUUCAAAUUGUAAGCAUUGUAUUGAACCGAAAUAAAAAUCCGUAUUUUAUUCAUAAAAA